CUCACCGGACUCAGAAGGCCGUCCCACCAUGAAUGGGCUGCGGGCUACUGCUGGGCUGUUGAAGCGCGGGCGUGGAAGGCGCCGGCGCCAGCCUCAGCCACACAGCGGGUCGGUCUUGGCCCUGCCCUUGAGGCCCAGGAAGAUCCGUAGGCAGCUGAGGAGAAGCGUUGCGUACCGCUUGGCCGCACGCAGGGCUCCGGCGCUGCUAAGCGAGGACUCCGAGGACUCGAGAGUGGAGUCGACGGCCGACGGUCUAGGGGACGCGCUACCCGGUGGCUUCGGGCCUACAGAGCUGCUGGAGGCCACGACAGCCGUGCGCCUGGUGCCGACUGCGGCGCCCCCUCCGCGCUUGGUGGAGGUGCGCGCCUCGGAGGACACCGCCCGGCUGUGCGCUGCCCAGCAUUUGGGGGCCGCCGCAUCGCCGGGGAUUCCGUCUACGCUGUCAGAACCGGCGGAUGACGCGGGUCAGGAGCUGCCCUGGGACUCGCCGCUACAGCGCGUCUUGGCCGAGCUGAACCGCAUCCCGAGCAGCCGGCGGCGGGCUGCGCGCCUCUUUGAGUGGCUCAUCGCGCCAUUGCCGCCCGACCACUUCUACCGGCGCCUUUGGGAGCGGGAGGCGGUGCUAGUGCGGCGGCAGGACCAUACCUACUACCAGGGACUUUUCUCUACCGCCGACUUGGACUCCACGCUGCGCCACGAGGAAGUGCAGUUCGGACAGCACCUGGACGCCGCGCGCUACGUCAACGGGCGGCGCGAGACCCUGAACCCGCCAGGCCGCGCCCUGCCCGCCGCCGCGUGGUCCCUGUACCAGGCCGGUUGCUCCUUGCGCCUCCUCUGCCCUCAGGCGUUCUCCACCACCGUGUGGCAGUUUUUGGCUGUGCUCCAGGAGCAGUUUGGAAGCAUGGCAGGCUCCAACGUUUACCUUACGCCCCCCAACUCUCAGGGCUUUGCCCCUCACUACGACGACAUCGAGGCUUUCGUGCUGCAACUGGAAGGCAGAAAACUCUGGCGGGUCUACCGACCCCGGGUCCCAACUGAGGAACUGGCUCUGACAUCCAGCCCCAACUUCAGCCAGGAGGACCUUGGGGAGCCAGUGCUGCAGACAGUGCUGGAACCUGGAGAUUUGCUCUAUUUUCCUCGGGGCUUCAUUCACCAAGCCGAAUGCCAGGACGGAGUCCACUCUCUGCACCUCACUUUGUCCACGUACCAGCGCAAUACCUGGGGCGACUUCCUGGAGGCCGUCUUGCCUCUGGCAGUGCAGGCUGCAAUGGAGGAAAACGUGGAAUUCCGGAGGGGUCUGCCCCGAGACUUCAUGGAUUACAUGGGGGCCCAGCAUUCGGAUUCUAAGGAUCCGCGAAGAACCGCUUUUAUGGAGAAGGUGCGGGUCUUGGUUGCCCGCCUGGGACACUUUGCUCCUGUGGAUGCUGUGGCGGACCAGCGAGCCAAAGACUUCAUCCACGACUCUCUGCCCCCUGUGUUGACUGACAGAGAGAGGGCACUAAGCAUUUACGGGCUCCCAAUUCGCUGGGAGGCUGGAGAACCUGUAAACGUGGGGGCUCAGUUAACAACAGAAACAGAAGUCCACAUGCUUCAGGAUGGCAUAGCUCGGCUGGUGGGUGAGGGAGGCCAUUUGUUCCUCUAUUACACGGUGGAAAACUCUCGUGUUUAUCAUCUGGAGGAACCCAAGUGCUUGGAAAUUUACCCCCAGCAAGCUGAUGCCAUGGAACUCUUGCUUCACUCCUACCCAGAAUUCGUGAGAGUAGGAGAUCUGCCUUGUGAUACUGUGGAAGACCAGCUUUCCUUGGCAACCAUGUUGUAUGAUAAAGGGCUGUUGAUCACCAAGAUACCUCUGACUCUAAACUAGUUUCUUAUUGAUUGUUGGAAAGAAAGCAGUAGUGAUUCUCUACUACCACUGCCACUUUUUUUUUUUUUAAACUGUUCUUACCUUGAUAAUUGUCAGUGUGAUCAUAUUUACCUUUAUGGCUUCUUCCGUGUCACAAAUCUCAGACGGUGUUCUAUGAAGAACCUCUUCAUCUAGCAGUUGGAAGAAACUCCCCCAAAUCUGGCAAAUGAAUAUUCCCAUGGUUGGUGGAAAAGAGCCUGGUGUACUUAGAAAGAGACUGGACUUGGAACCAGAAGACCUUGGUUUGGGGUGGUGGCUGGUAGGCAUCUGACAGUGACCUGAGGCUGCUGCUGUGCUUAUGCACACAGAUUUUGGCACCUGCUGCCAAACAGGCUGCCUGCCGAACUGCUACGAAGUCAUCAGAGAAGCAGUGCAGAAAGUUGGGGAGAAGUUUGGCGGUCAUGAGCUUGAGUCCAGCUAUUAGGGUGAGAGCCUCUACACGUUCCUGGGAAUUUCCUUGACACAACUUAAUCCUGUUCUUUCAUACUUAACUCCAUUCCCUGAGAUUUCCUUGAGAUGACCAAUAGAAUGGUUAUAAGAAGCACUCUCCUGGCUUUCAUAAUAAUUGACAAUUAUGGAUUACUUUGCUAAGGGCUCUAUUGAAGGCGAGAUUAUGAUCUUUGAAGAAGCUGAGGC